AUGAACAUGAUGUGUGAAGACGUUUGGAAACACUUGGGAGUACCAAAGGAGCAAGUGUGGAUGAACCUCAGGCUAGCAAAUGCAGGAUCAAUUACAAUCAAAGGUGUCAUUCCAAGACUCAAGGUGUCAGAGGCUGUUCUUCACAUUAACUGA